GCACGACAACUUUUCGAGGAGCGCAAAGCCAAAGAAGCUGAAAUGGAAUCACUCGCCGAAGACUUUCGGCAUACCAGCCUGCAGAAGAUCGUGAACGAGCCCGAGCAGUCGCGAAAGUACUGGGAGGUGCUGCAAAAGUUUCCGGAUCUCAUUGCGUUUUUCCUCACGUUCACGUUGAAGCACGCGAGGGACAAGUACCACUUUUCCAAACAGUUGGUGGCAAACCCGUGGGACCUGGCCGGAGAUAGGUUCCGGAAAAUUGAAAACGUGUUUUUGGAGGACCGAGAAGAUGGGCCGCUCCUGCAAGCAGAAGUUCCGGCAACCUAUUUGGUCGCAGACAAUCACGUCGCGGGUUUCUCGGGCACAUCCACGAACGCGAAGUUCCUACUUCCCCUCCCAUUAAAAGCGGAGAACCUGCCGCAAUUGGAGCACACCAACGGGAGAAUUAUCUCGGUUCUGAAGCAGAAAGAGGAGGACUUCAACCUGGCUGCGCUCACGGGAGCUCUCACGGGAACACUAGCAGAGCAUUUCCGCCUGUCGUCGCCAAGAUAUUCAUCCGUCCCUGGAAGCGAUCAUGAUGCUGGUAGCAAUUCAGGAGAGGAUGACUUUAGCACGCCGCGCAGCAGUCGAAGUAGCUCGCCUAGUACUUCUAGCGGUUAUCACAGCAGCGGCACGUCGACCUCUUCACGUGGCCUUCUGAGUGGCUCGGCCCUUCCCACACAUCUUCAAGCAUUUCAGAUCCACUCCAACACUGAAAGUAGCCGUGCGUCCAGCCGGUCUUCCGGGGGGUCUGCGCGACGUCGUGCCUCCCCAAGCAGGACCAUGUUGAAGAUCUUCUCCACUGCGAGCAGCGACGCAACUUCUACCAGUGAAAAUAACCUACCAAGCUCUGCUCAUUCGCUGCAUGCGUCGACUGCGUUGAAACUUGCGCAACUUGCGACCGCGUUCCCAGAGCUUCGCGCGAUCAUGGACUCCGCAGGCCUGUUUGCCGGCGUUCCGAACCGGGAAGUCGCGCGAUUGAUCGCCGAAAAGUUCUUUUCCGUCGAAGGUGCGGACUUCUACGGGGAACCGCAGUGCGUGCUGUUCAAGGACACAGAGGUGGUGUCUACAUCAUUAUCACCCGCCACAGUAGAUGGUGGCUUCAGCAGUGCGGGCCUUCGUGCACCGUCGAAAACAUCAAGGACCAGCACAUUUUUACACCAGCAAACCAAUUACCUGAACGAUUGGGCCGUGUACGAUCACCGGCAGCACACGAUAAACCGAUUCGACCGCGAGGGAGCAGGUGCGGAGCAGAGCAGCGCCUCGGAGUUUUACCACCUGUACAAAGAAAAUUCCGACACCGUCCCAUGCUUCGUCUAUUUCGACGAUCGGAACAACCGCGGCGCGGACUGGCAGCUGCCGGCGAACGCGGUCGGCGCGGUUUUGUUUAACGAAAUGAGCACCUUCGACCAGGUCGCCCAGGCCUCCUGGCGGUUGCGGCAGCUGGAGCUCGGGCAGAGCCUCAGGUUCGCGGCGUGGACCACUUCCACGCAUCAGGAACAACGCGACGCGGGGGCGACCACGCGAGGACUGUCGUCGUUGCAGUCCGUUGACGACCUCAUCCAGUUUCUCCUGGAAAAAUCCGCGGUCGAGAAUAUGUAGAGGAAAAAGAAGUGUUGCAGUUGUGAUACACAUGAUGUUGUUCUUCGCGCACCAGGUCAAGCAAGACAGACAUUCUCUAUCAUACUGGAUCAUGAUGUGCUCUGAACCCCGGGUGUACCACCCUGGUUGCAUGCGUGUUUUCUCUCAUGGUUAUAUCAGCAUUCAUUUUGCAACACGUCAAGCCUCUUGACAUGAUGUAGAUCAAGUUUAUUGUGUUGCUGAUGUUAGUACUAGAAAAUAGAAUCUCAAUCCACUUUACAUCGUGUAAUACUUUUUUUCUUUCAUAGAGAACGAGCGGCAGUUAAUCCUCUACGCGCACCAGGCCGAAACACACCUGCACAUUGGGGACGACCCGGAUUUCGCACUGCUCGAGGAGAGUUCGUCCGUAAGAAGCAUGUAUGGAAACAGUCGGAAGUCGAUCGCGCUAAAUGAAUUUGUCGAGGCGAGUUUCAGGCGGAAAUUUUUCGGGGAUGAAAAUGUUCACGUUGUUGAACAAGAACCGAAAGCAACAACAGCGCAGGGACCUGGUGUUCGUCGUGAUGUCGGAGGUCCAGCCACCCCUUCUUCAAGUAUCUCCUGGAUGGCGCGGAUGUGGAAAAAGAAGUCGUCGCGGCAUUACGUGGUAUCAAAUGUAAAAAUGUCUGGGUCUGGAACAAAGCAACUUCUCGUGCUAAAUCUGAAUCAUGUAAAAAUCUGUGUUGCAUGAUUGCCAAAAGCUGCCCACUUUUGACCUAAUCGAGAGGCAGUUUCUCAUGCAGGAUAGGCAUGAUAGAACGCUCGCAGAAUCUGUCAUGCUAUGUCCUACAUGCCAGACCUCAUCGGUCAUGGAAAACCUGCAUGACAAGUCUGGCACUCUUCCAGACUCAGACAUUUUUGCAGUUGAUGCGUGGCGUUGCGGGACGAAAUUUUACAGAAGAUCCAGAAAUAUGGCACGAAUGUGGCAACCACUACAACCACCAUUCCGGCGUCUACUACUUCGCGCCCGCACUGCAGCGCCUCAGAACAUGAGCAGGCGGCUUUUAUCUCCGCAGCAAACGCCUCCUGUGCGGGGGCUUUAACCGCAACGAUCACCGUUGAGACGGACCAUACGGCUGAAACCACCACCGAGCAGGAGGUGGACCAGGAUGUGAACAUGAGUGUGCAAAUGUUCGUGAAUCAACACCGGCACAGCCCGCGCUACCCGUUUCCCGAAGUUGGGAACGAGUUAAAACCGUUUGUGGAAAAGGACUGGAGCUUCGAACUGGUCCGACUGAAUGCAGCUCCUGCUGGUCGCCCCACGUUGGAGAAAAGCAGGACAACUAGGACGAGUACCCUCGGUAGCACGCUCCUGCUGCAAGAAGCGGAACGGGUGUUGGCGAUCUUUGAGGACAAGAUGCGACAAGCCAGGGACGAAGCAAGCCCUAGUAGUACCGGCACACGACCGAGUGCUGCAAGAAUUGUCACUUCUCCGAAGACGAACUCGUCACCCUCCUCCCGCCCGAUCGUUCGGCAGGGGCUCACGCUGCCGAAACUGGUGCCGCUCCGCGAGCUGCUGCAGGCCAAACGGGCCGAAAUAAAUCGUCCAAAGCUAAACUCCGCCGACUCUGACUCGAAUGCGGAGGAGAGCGAUGGUCGCGAUCCCGCUGUGGUGCCGAGCGAGGAAACGGAACAGAAAUUAUUGUACGAACAGCUUCUCAAGACCAAAACCUUGGCUCGGGUCUUCGUCACGGAAAACUUCGCGAACGUUUUCGAUGUCUCGUCGGGAAAUAACGCUUACGGCUCCCGGUCGAGCAGAGGACCAUCGCUUGCGUCGCGGUUGUUUCGUAGAUCACCAGCGGGGUCGACGUCUUCAGACGAGGACUCGGAUUACACAAAUGCUGCAAGAAGUAUCCUCCGCCGCCCGCAGAACGCCCUGUGGCUUCCGGACGACGAAACGACAAUUCUCCUGUCCGACCGCGAGGCGGCUUUGGUGCAAGAGCAGUUGUUCGAGGAAGACGCGACGAGAACCGCGGAACUGGACGAGGACAGAAUUGCGGAUUUCGCUGCGUUCUGGGGAAAGAAACUGAAAGUGACCGUUGUGGCUCCUAACGUGGAGGUCGCAGGGUUUGAUGCUCUACUUCCCCGCGAACUACAAGAAGUAGACUGUAAGUUGGAUGUGAACCGCAAUUCCGCCAAGGAGAUGAAAGCUGUCAACGGUGAAGUUGUGGAUGCGGAUCACCACGUUGGUGGUUCUCGUACGAGCAGCUCCGUUGGAGCUUUAUUCGCCAGCAUGAUGAGUCCUUUCUCGUGGGCGACGACCUCCGAGGCCGACAGCGCUGCGAGCGAUUCAUUCGAGAGCUGCGAGGCGAAGCUGAUGUUCCUUGAGAAGCAGUUCCUCGCUGCGCAAACAGUGCGGCAAACACGGAACAACGUCGCAACACAAAAAUCGGGCGCCGCGGCCCUUGUCAACAUCAAGCUUCAGGCUGUGCCAACUAGAAGUAUCGCCGACGAAAGGGAUUUGGUGGAAACCAGGCUGACGAGCAGCUUCACGAGCUUCAAAAAUGCGAAGGAUUUUUUGCAGAAGGUGAGCAACAGGGCCGCCUUUGAGGACGACAACGCGUUUAAAACCAGAAUCGCAAGCUUUUACUCGUGGUUGCGCUCGUCAUCAGAGGAGAAGCAGAUCACGGAGAUGAGCAGUGGCACGGCUAGCGGGACCUCCGAUGGUGCAGGAACCCUUCGUCGCGCGAUUUCUGCGGCGUCAUCCUCCGGAAGUAGAUUCGACACCGCUUCUGCCUUCUGGAACACUCACUUCGCCGCGAUUUCGUGGCGCGAAACGGACCCGGACGCGGACGCUGGAACAGAGGAAGAAGAGACUGUUGCGGCAAAGGAAGGAAAACCUCCUUCAACUACCUCCGGCUGGUUCUCGUGGGGCUCCUCACGUGGAGCGCACGGCAGUAGUGGGAAGAACAGCGCGACUCCCAGUGGUAAAACUAAAAACCCUUGGCACCAUUGUGUCCGGAAAAAAUUUGUUGACCCCACAGUGGCAAAUUCGAGUUCAUAUUGGGCAUUGCGCUCCUGGAGCCGGACAUCCCUGUUCGGCGCUGGCGAUGCAGCGGAGCCCCCCGCUGAGGAAGAGUUUGAGGCGUUGGAGGGCUUUGCGAAACAGUUUUUGUUUGGUUUGCCUACGACUCGUGGCGGGCCCAAAGUCGGGAGCGGCUGCGCGGCCUUCGCCGAACAGAUCCACGCGAAGAUGUUUUUGAACAAACAAAACGACAACGACCCGACGGAGCAGGACGCGAUGAGCAAACCCAGCGACGGAGAAGAUUUGACGCAAGAUGAACCGAAGAAAAAACUGAUGUUGAACGGAAAUAAGCCCUGCCUAGGUUCCACGGACCCAGAACUCUGCGCGCGGACGAGGAUUUCUGUGAAGCUGGAGUUCGACGGCCGCGUGAUCCCCGGAGCCGUGUACCUCCACAAUCUGCGGCCAGAUCAGGUCGUGCUAUCAAAUGCAAAAAUGUCUGGGUCUGGAAGAAUGCAAGAUUUGUCAUGCAUAUUUCUCAUGACCCAUGAUGCCUGUAAUGCAUGGCCUAGCAUCGCAGACUUUUAGAGGGCGUUCUGAUGCACCUUCCGCGUGAAGAUUUGUCAUGCAGAUUUCUCAUGACCCAUGAUGCCUGUAAUGCAUGACCUAGCAUCGCAGACUUUUAGAGGGCGUUCUGAUGCACCUUCCGCAUGAGAGAUGCCCUGUCCCUGUAGCACAAACUGUACCCCUCUACUUGCUGGCCAUGCAAUACAAAUUUUUUUACAGUCCAAAAACAGCAUGAAAAGUUGCAAUCUUCCAGACCCAUACAUUUUUGCAGUUGAUACGUGCAGGCGGUGUACAAGAACUGGGUUGCCGACGAGUCCGAUUUGAAGUCGAGUGUGGACGAAAGAAUCUACACCCCGGAGUUCCUGGACAAGAUCCUCACAACUAGUACAACAGAAGAUGAUAUCGCAAGAAAAAAGUGUUACAGUUACACAUUGUGUUGCAGGCCAAGCAAGACAGACAAGCUCUGUCAUGCCGGAUACGCAUAGAAGCCUCGUUUCAUAGGUGUUUUCCCGUAGGAUUUCUACAUUACAAGUUGUCUCUCUCAUGCAGAGAAAUUUGUGUUGCUGAAUUGACUACAAACGUGUAACUGUAACACUUUUUCCGUGGGAUAGAUGAAGUAGACUGGCAACGUGACCGGUCCUUGUACAGACGAAGUGGCUCCUCGGGCGGCCCGGCGCCCACUAGUAGUACAACUAUGAGUUCUGAGGGUAAGAUUUUUCUCGUCAAUUUGACCCUUGCGCAGCGCAGCCUUCGUACAAAUCUAAAGGGAGCAAGAAGUGGCUCUGGUGUAGAAAUUAUGAGUCUGAUGUCGGCAUCAAGCGAGGCUUCAAGCGAGGAAAAAGCCACGGAAGAACGAGAGUCGAUCGCAGGAAGUGGAAGAGCAGGACGUACGGGUGGUUCCCUGUUUUUGCCGAACCGUGGGACGACCUCCACGCGGACCGGGCAAGGGACUAACGCACUUGUCCAAAGCAGGCCUGCAGCGAAGACAGUCGUCCCAAAGUGGCUCAGAGAGUUCUGCAUGAAGGGCAAGCACCACUGUCCGCAGCCGUUGCAAAGUGGCCCGGCAUCUUCGCAGUACCAAACGAGCAGUUUCGUGCGAGAAUUAGAGGUCCUGCGACCUCGUGCAGCCGUGAGGAUUUCGACCACGGCAACUCCCGAAGUAGGAGGGCAUGGCACUUGUGCGGUGCAGAAAAACUUUUUACCUGGACCAAAUAAGGGAGAGCACUUUUACCUCGGACUUGGCAGCGAAGAGCACGAGCCAACAAAGUUGUUGCCGCCGCCCGCAGUCGUGCGGGCCGUGCUGGCAAUUGUAAAAUGAAAAUACUUAAUAAACUACUGGGUUGUCGUGAGACAACGCGGCAUGUAUGAUUUUUUUGCAUAAAAUUAGGUUUUCGAAUUUUGACGGUUCCUUUUCCCGAAUAUAUUUUAUAUUUUCUGUCUAGUAACUACAUCAUGUAUAAAAAUUACCACAUUGUGACCAUGAUCUUUUUAUGCCUCUCGCUCUACCAGGCGAUUUUUUGUAAAAAAUAAUUGUUGACAAGAAGUCCUAUUUGCUACUUAUUCGGCUGUAUGAUCUUUAUCUUUAUGCCGAGCAAAAAUACGAACUCGAACACUUGGUACUCGUUCAAUGUAAGAUGGUGCGUAACUAUGUAUAGCAGUCUGACAGAAGAACGCGAAUGAGGAGC